CCAAAUGAUGAGGCAGCCUAUUCGUAUAGCUAUUGCUUAUCACGGAAUUUAAACGAAACAAUCGUAACUGUGCCGGUGGAUAAUGAUUAUGUGCGGCAGUAUGCGCUGGUUCGUGUUGCUGGUGAUGGAAAAAAACGCUAUUAUCGUUGCAACCAGUGCCUGAAACAUCGUCGUACCGACAAAUCUGCCCCACAGGCAUAUCUGACAAUGGAAAAUGGCCGUAUUGUGGGCUCAAAACAUCUUCGACAUCAUCCAAACUGCCAACCCACACGACGAAUCGAGGCCACCACAACCAGCUUGGAUCGAGAAAAUCGAAAAGAGAUUCGCUACGGGCUGAAAACACCAAAAGCCGCUUAUGCUGAGGGAUUCUACCGUGCAAUUGAUCUUGCAUCAACAGGAAAGGUCCAGGGUAGCAGUAUUCUACCAAAGAUUUAUCCAUCGUGGAGCCGUGUCCGGAAAUCCUAUUUUCGACAGAAUCGUUUGGGGCGAAAAGAUCGAGCCCGAGAGGCUCUCAUGGAAGGAGGCGGUAGUUCGUCGUCGGUUCGUGAGCAGACUUAUUCAAAUGAACAACAACAGCUGGCUGGCCCUACGCUUUACACAUACGCAGGCGAUGGUGAAGAUGGGUAUGUGCUGUUGGAAGCUGAGGAAAUACCGGAGGGGUAUGAGCCGAUACCCCCGGAGGAGCUUGAUGGUGUACGUAUACAGUACGUUGAUGAUACUUCCUGGCCAGCAGCGCCGGCUCCAGAGGAGGAGCAGCAGCAACAUUCGAGAGCGGUUUUUCAAGCAUGUGAUGUGAAAGAAGAACAAGCGAUGGAGAAGCAGCUUCAUGGAAGCGUUAAACGUAAACGACAGAACGAGGAUUCACCGAGAGACGUCGAGGCAUUGGAUGAGCAACGGCGAUUGAGCGAAACUGAGCGGUUCCUGUUCAUUGGAGAUUCUCGGAGUUUACCGGAAAAACCAACAAGGGUGACGGACAAAGAUGCUGUAUCGACGACUCAGGAUUCGCUGGAUCAGGACGUCUCGGGAUCCGAUUCGGGACUGUUCGGGUCCAAGGAAGAACGGAGGCGAAUCUCCCGGUCACUGGUCGAUGAGAUUUAUUCGAAUAUGAAACGUAUGAAGCAGGGCGAGGAAAGUGGUGCUGCCAUCACAUCAGAACUGGACGAGCAAUGCAACAAAUGGUGCUACUUGCCAUGUAAUCAGAAAGGUGAAAUAUGUGUUUAUGCGUCCGAUAAGGUGCACUGGAUUGAGAAUUUGAACGGUGAGAUGGAGAUUGCGUUUGAUCCGGAUGUCAGCAUGGAUGAGAUUGUCAAAAAUCUUAAACCUCAUGGAAUUCUUUCCACUGAUUUCGUUUUGUAAUG